AUGGUCGUCGCAGGCUCCAAGUUUUGGACAGAACCAUCAAAUGCUUCGACGAGCGGUCACGCAGUCGUGCCUGUAAGAGCGUCCAAUGGUUCACAAACCCAAGGCCCACCGCCAACCGGUCCAGCAAAACGCAAACGAAACACGGCAAACCCGCUGGUAAAGAUUGUAGACGGCUUCAAGAAGUUUAAACCAAUCACACCAGGCUUGAGACACGUUCGAAUGCUCAUCAACCCGCAUCUUUGGAAGGGCAAACCCGUUCGCGACCUCACAUUUCCUUUGCGCAAAAAGGGAGGGCGAAACAACACAGGCCAGAUCACUGUUCGCUCCAGAGGUGGUGGUCAUAAACGCAGAAUACGAAUCGUCGACUUUUACCGCAGAGAACCGGGCCCUCACGAUGUUAUUCGCAUCGAAUACGACCCUAACCGCUCGGCGCAUAUUGCACUCCUCAAGAGUAGAGACAAAAAUGCUCUACAACCUUGGUCAUAUAUUCUCGCUUGCGAGGGUUUACGAGCCGGAGACGUGGUCACCAGCUAUCGAGGAGGCAUUCCCGAUGGUACCGUCGAAGGAUAUGUAGACGAGCCAAAUGUCAAAAAAGACAAACUCAGCGAUGCAGAACUAGGCCAGGAAGAGAGCUCAGAAGCCGCGCUCUCGCUGGGUAUCCUUCGCAGCAUCACCAUCAAGCUCGGCAACGUUCUACCACUCCGCCUCAUUCCUCCCGGCACCGUCAUUCACAAUAUCACUCUUGACCCUAAAGGCCCUGCUCGCCUCGUUCGCUCUGCCGGAACCUCUGCGACCAUGGUGCUCCAAGAGGAAAAGGGUGAAUACUGUCAGAUUCGACUGCAGUCUGGUGAAGUUCGCAGAGUACGAGCAGACUGCUGUGCUACGAUCGGAAAAGUCAGCAACGGAGACUGGAAGGGCAGGAUGCUAGGAAAGGCUGGACGAGCUCGAUGGCUCGGAAGGCGACCCCAUGUCCGAGGUGUGGCGAUGAAUGCUCGUGAUCAUCCCCACGGAGGUGGAAGAGGCAAGUCCAAAGGUAACAGACACCCGUCAUCGCCCUGGGGCUGGAAUACCAAAGGAAAGAGGACGAGAAAGCCAGGUCCUCGAGGACACAAGACUGGCAACAAGUAUGUCAUUCGCGAGCGGCCCAGAGGGAAGCACAAGAUUUCCCUCAUUGUCAAGUAG